GCAAACCAAUUUAAGGGAUUUCAGCUGACAAGAUAAGGUCUGCAGUGAUUGAUUUACAGCCUAUUUACUUUAGCACAUACCUAUACACCAAAGUUCACAUUUUCAUCCACUUUAUUUGAGGUUCUCUUGGAAGCAGUCUGCUUGGCAAUACAAGAGCUUUGGGGUCUUCAAGAUGAACCUGUUGCUGUGUUCAGCUAUCUUCUCUCUCACUGCAACGUUUGCAUUGUGUGGAAUUAAAGACCUCCAUGAGCACUUCGAGCAUUUCGGUGAAACUCAGCCUAUUGGUCUGCAUGGGCUCCACCACAAUGGCACUCUGAAGCUCUCACCUGAGUUUCAUAAAGAGAAUACAGUGACCAAUGACUUGAGUACUGAAGGAGAGGAGGAGGAAGACUACCUUGACCUUGAUAAAAUAUUAAGUGAAGACGAUGACUACUUUGACAUAAUCGACGCCACUCCAGACACAGUUUCUGAAUUGAAACAAGGGAAUAUUCUGGAACUUUUCCAAGGGAAAACCAGAAUCCAGCGUCUCAAUAUCCUCAAUGCAAACUUUGCCUUCAACCUUUAUCGGAGUCUGAAGGACAAAGCCAACUCCACAGAUAAUAUCCUUCUGGCUCCAGUUGGCAUUUCUACAGCCAUGGCUAUGAUUUCAUUGGGACUGAGAGGUGAAACGCAGGAAGAAGUCUUGGAUUCCCUGGGCUUCAGAGAUUUUGUUAAUGCCAGCUCCAAGUAUGACAUGAUGACUGUUCACAACCUCUUCCAUAAACUUACUCACCGACUCUUCCGAAGGAAUUUUGGCUACACACUCAGGUCAGUCAAUGACCUUUACAUUCAAAGACAAUUUCCAAUUCUGGGCGAGUUCAAGAACAACAUGAAAAGGUACUAUUUUGCUGAGGCUCAGGUGGCUGACUUUGCAGAUCCAACCUUCCUCGCUAAAGCCAAUGAGCGGAUUCUGAAACUCACCAAAGGAUUAAUAAAGGAAGCCCUUGUGCAAGUACACCCUGCCACUCUGAUGAUGAUUCUCAACUGUGUAUACUUUAAAGGAACCUGGGAAAAUAAGUUUCCAGUGGAAAUGACACAAAAACACAGCUUCCGCCUGAACGAGAAAGAGGUCGUGAGAGUGCCCAUGAUGCGGACUAAAGCCAAUUUCCUGGCCACCGUGGAUAAUGAGCUUGACUGUGGUGUGCUCCAGCUACCCUAUGUGGGCAACAUCAGCAUGUUGAUUGUAUUGCCAUAUAAGCAAGCGAGCAUGAAGGCACUGGAGAAGCAACUGACCCCGCAGGUGGUAGAGGGAUGGCAGAAAAGCAUGACUAACAGAACAAGAGAGAUACUGCUGCCUAAAUUCAAGUUGGAGAAAAGCUACGAUUUAAUUGAGUAUCUGAAAACACUGGGAAUCAAUGAGCUGUUCACUCAAAAUGGCAACUAUUCGGGGAUAUCAGAAGAGAGCAUCAUCAUCGACAAGUUCAGUCAUCAAGGGACUAUUACAGUGAAUGAGGAAGGCACCGAGGCUGCUUCUGUGACCACCGCAGGCUUCAUGCCCCUUUCUGCUCAAAUUCGUUUUGUCGUCGAUCGCCCUUUUCUGUUUCUCAUCUAUGAGCAUCGCACCAGCUGCUUGCUCUUCAUGGGCAGAGUCGCCAACCCAACCAAGGUUUGAGAAGCAGAGCUCAGGGCUCAGCAUACACACAGCUAUAGGCAACCCUAACUACUUCUUUUUAAAAUUUAACCAGUUUUAUAUGUAGAUGUUAAGUGAUAUGUUAGUAGCAAGUGCUAAUGAAUGAAAAAUGCAACAUCUCCCAAUUGAAAAACACAGCAAUAGAUGAUUAAAUUUGCAAGGAUAACUGUGGCCCCAAAAGUCUGAAGUGUUCGGUUCAUUGAAAGCAACAUGGGGGCCAGAGCAGUUGCUGUGCAUCUUGAUGAACAUAUUCAAUGCCACUUGCGGACUUAUUAUAAUUGGCUCCAUUGAUAUUUAAAGAAUCACGCCAUUAGUAAGAACAGAUUUUAGAUGAGUGAAAACAGUCACUGCCCGUGGUCUUAAUACAGAGAAGUGCCUUAAAAAUAGAGGACUAUAUUCCAAAAUAACUGGAAUUCUCCAAGUUUCCUGCACAAAAGCAUUUUUGAAACACAUAACUAACCCUUAGGGUUCAGUAAAGUUCAUUUCUCUACAGAGAACAGCCAUCUCUUAAAGCUGGUGCCAUUCUGGCUGGGAAUGGUGGAAGGGAUGGUACCAAGCGUGGGAAGGCUGAUACAGAACAUACUUUCAAGCAAACAAUACAAGUAUAGAGAAUUAUCCGUAUGGGAUUCAAAAGCAAGAACAUGAACCCAAUUAAUUCAAGAAUAUAUGGAUUUGUUUUAUUGUAAAGCCUUUCCCAUUUGAAGCAAGAACAAAUCUGCACUUUGGACAGAAAAUUUGGUGCAUUGAUGUUUACCCAUCCUAGAGGUGUCCUGGUCCCAAACAAGCAAGCAAACAUACAUGCAUGCAAAGGUUGCUAUGCUUUUACUUUUUAUGUGAUGUACACUUCAGACACAUUUAAGCAUGAUUAUUAAAUUUACAGUAAAAAAACCUUCUGUAUCUGUGAGAAUAUCUAAAAUAAUUACAAUGUUCAUUCAUGUUUAAUAAAAGGUUGUGUUAAAAUCCUGAA